CGAUGGGAUAUUACGGUGAAAACUCCAAAAAUGAAGCAAGAGAAUGUGAAUUGAACGACCGAAGUACGUAACGUAAAAGCAUUGGGAUAUGCGUGGUGGGCACUUUAGCAGUAGCAACCGCAUCCUCAUUAUCCAUUAGCGAUAACUGGUGGCUGCAGCAAAGCGGUGAGAUGAGUUCGAUAGGCCAAAGCAUACUGAUGGCACUCACAGUAACAGUGAACAAGUAUGCUUCUUCCAACUUGCAGGCCGUUUCUCACAGAAAGCAUCCUAAAUCGCCGCCCAAUUCCGCCGUCACCACCAGUAGAAGAGGCCUCCUCUUAUCCUCCCUCGCGGCCGCCUCCCUCACUGAUCAAGUCCCUGACUCCAGAACUCUCCUUCUCAAGAAAUACCUCAAGAAAUCAGAGGAAAACAGAGAUAAAAAUGACAAAGAGAGGCUGGAGAGUUAUUACAAGCGUAACUACAAGGAUUAUUUUGAACUUGUGGAGGGAACAUUGAAGGCAAAGCAGCAAGAUCAGCUUUCUGAUACAGAAAAAGGUAUCCUUGAUUGGCUUAAAUCUAACAAUGAAAAAACUCCCUUUUUCAUUCUGCCCCUUCUUCAUUACUUUGGAAAUUGUACAUUAUUAUUAUUCACUCAUUUAGUAAUGUAGAUAUUAUAUUGG